CCCCUUUCCCUUUUUUUUUCUUUUUCUUGCCACAUUUUUUUCUUUUUUGUUUAUUAUCUUUAACCCCCCUUUAUUCUUGUUUAAUUCCAAAUCAUGUCACUUCAAAUGUUACCUACUUCUUUACUAUAUGAAAUCUUAAAGAAUGUUCCUUUUCCAAGUCGUUGGGAAUCUUCUUUAGUUUGUAAAACUUGGUAUGAAAUAUGUCAUGACCCUUAUUUAUAUCUUGACAUUCAUUUGGAAUAUAUGGAAUUACAUAUGCUAGUGAAAACAUUACAAUGGAUUCAACGACUUGGUUCCGUCAAGGUACGAAGUUUGGCUCUCCGUCAUUGUUAUUGUCAAGUACUUCGGGAUACUCUUAUUCCGGUCACUUUCCGAUCUCCACAACCGAAUCAACCUACUUUUUAUACACAGUUACGUACAUUGACGCUGGAUCGUCGACGGAUGGAAUACAAGAACCAUCAAUUCACUCUAUAUGAUGAUUUAUCUGAUGUUUUGACUCGAUUAUUAUUACAAUUUCAUCAGAAAGGAUUAUCAUCACUGGAGAUCAGUCAUUGUGAUAUAGAUUGGGCCAUGACAGAUCUGUUUACCAUCAUGCUUACCGCUGGACGACAUUUGACAAAAUGGAUCUAUCACGACAACUACAGCAAUCAUCAUUACCAUGACAACAGUAAUAAUAAUAAUAAUAAUAAUAAUGGAUGUCAAUAUACCAAUGGCAAAAAAAAUAGAUUAGCUGCUGAUGAUUUGUUACAAGCAAUGAUACUGGCGUUUCCAAAUAUGAAGCAUUUUAUGGGACAACAUGACAUUACGAAUGAUACAGUGAUGAUGAUGGCUCGACAUUGGACACAGUUGGAAUCUCUGGUAUUGAGUUCUCCUAAUACUACUACAAAGACAGCAGCAACAACAAAAGCAACCACAACCAUGAUGACAAAAAGGGAUGAUCCUGUGGUUAAGAUCUCAGCAAAGGCUUUCUAUACAUUGAUUUCUCAUUGUUCCUCUUUACAUACUUUGGAACUUUGUGAUGUUCAAUGUAUAAAUGAAUGGGAUUUACGACGGAUGUGUCAUUGGCGGGACGUACAACAAAAAAGACGACAACGAUCCUAUCAUCCUUAUCAAUCAACAUUACUACGAAAUAGGCUAUCAUCUGACAAACGAAUAGGUAUCUCCUUGCGUCAUGUGAAAUUGACACAGUAUGUGACAACUCCUUUAUUGUCUCAAGGGAUCCUGCAGCUCUUGGCCCUUUUUCCUCAUCUUCAAACUCUGAUUUAUGCUACCAAUCAUCACUGUUAUCAAAUUGCAAUGCAUGAUGAUUAUGAAAGGGGUCAACUUCAGGAGAUGAUGAAAGAAUGGCGACAAUUACAACAAAACGAAUUUAUUUCUUCAGCUGGCUGUAAAAUCAUUACUCAUUUCGAUACUCCUGUGACUAUGGAACAACGUUUAUUAUUGACUAGUUAUUCAUUAGGAUAGUAUUAUUAUACCC